CGCGAUAUCGCAAUUCGCACAGCCCAAGAAGUCCGAGAGUGCAGCAGCACAUCCAGCGCGAAACUCGUAAUAUAUAUCCAGCAGGAUAUAUAUUGUAAUAAAUUUGCCAGUGCCGAAGCGAGAGCAGCGGUCGCUGUUAUAAAUAUUUUAUCGCAUCCUCAUUAAUAAAUCGUACGUUACGAUCAUACAUUCGAAUUGAAAGAAAAAAAUUUCGAUCCAAUCCGUUGCUAAUAUACUAGCCAAAGUAAAAAAUAUAUGAUUAAUUUUAAUCGUGCGUGCGUACGCGUGUAUAAAUUGUACAGACAGAAAGUUAAAUCUAUGAAAUAAAUAAUCACAAAAAGGAUAAACAAAUAUCUUUAAACAAUUUUACAACAAUCCCGAAUAGUCAACUUGUGUCUUCGGCAUCGUCGCUCGCGUUCCGAAAAAAACAAAAAUCAAAAAAAACACUUGGCGCGCAAAGCAGAGACACCCGCAACGAGUAUUAGGAGUAGGAGUAACGUACAAGCGCAAAAAAAAGGAAAGAAAUAAAAGAAGAUAGAGCCGCUUUACAGUUUUUGCGUGGCGUUAAAGAAGAGAGUCGUUCGUCCACUGUGCAUGUGCUUAUUGCUACGGUCGUUUUUGUGCGCGCUGCUAUCUCUUUCUCUCUCCGCCGAAGCAGCAGCAGCAGCAGCAGCAGCAGAGAGUUUCUAACGCGGUGCGUGUGCGUGUCUGGCUCUGCGCGACUCCGUGUCGAGUACAUACGUGUGCGUGUGUGUGUGUGUGUAAUAUUCAACAUCUCUCCUAAUCGCACACUUACUACUACUACUACUAGCAUAUACUCUCGUCGCGCGAGGCGAGUUCGAAACGCUCUGCAGUACCAUAUACCUUAUAUACCGACCAACAGCUUUGAGAGUCAGUGUGGCCUCGUAACGUGUGCAAGACACAUCGUUCUCGUCGUUGUGUUGCGUUAAGCAACGAACUCCUCUGCGCCCGAGUAUUAAAGCAGUAGUGUGCUGUGUGUCCCGUACAUCGGUACAUGUACGAUAAUAUACGGUAGUAGUGCGUCCGCCGAGCAGCAGCAGCAGCAGCAGCAGCAGCAGUUGAUUGUUGGUGCCGCGAUAUACAACACGUAUUUAUUAUAUAUAUUAUAUUAUAUAUAUAGUCGUCUGCGUGUGCGUGCAGUGCGUUACAUCGUGCGUCCACUCUACUCUUUCUCUGGUGCAAGUGUUGUAUAAAAAAAAUAUUUGGUUUUAUGUGUGCCCGUUGUAGCAGCAUAAUAACAAACAACAGCGAACGCCGAAGGAGCCUCCCUCGCGACGAGCAGCAGCAACGACAUAUUUUCGAGUACUCGUCCAGCUAAAAGGAAAAAAUAAUAAACAGGAGGAAAACCUGCCCGUCGUUAUACACAUAUAUAUUAUUUAUAAAAGGUGAGUCACAUCUCUUCUACUCGAGGGGUUUUUUACAUUCGUGAAACUAAUGCCAUGGUCGAUAUACGAAUUUAGCGGACAAGACGCGGGCACAAGGAGGAAGACUUCCGAUUGAAACAAGCACGAGCAGCAGUAGCAGCAUCAGAAAGAAAAAAUGCGCGAAUACAAGAUCGUAGUUCUGGGCAGCGGUGGCGUCGGCAAAUCCGCCCUGACCGUACAGUUCGUCCAGGGCAUAUUCGUCGAAAAAUACGACCCGACCAUCGAGGACAGCUACCGAAAACAGGUUGAGGUCGACGGGCAACAAUGCAUGCUCGAAAUUCUCGACACCGCGGGCACGGAGCAAUUCACGGCCAUGAGGGAUCUCUACAUGAAGAACGGACAGGGCUUCGUUCUGGUCUACUCGAUAACGGCCCAGUCGACGUUCAACGACCUGCACGAUCUGCGAGAGCAGAUUCUGCGAGUAAAGGACACGGACGACGUGCCCAUGGUACUGGUCGGCAACAAAUGCGAUCUCGAGGACGAGCGAGUCGUCGGCAAGGAUCAGGGCGUCAAUCUCGCCCGGCAAUACAACUGCGCCUUCAUGGAAACAUCUGCCAAAGCGAAAAUCAAUGUCUAUGACAUAUUCUUCGAUCUGGUACGGCAAAUCAACAAAAAGUCUCCCGAAAAGAAAACGAAGCAGAAAAAGAAAUCGCUGUGUAUAGUGCUGUAAAGUAGUCCGAGGUGCCCUCUCUGACGAGCGUUCUCUCGCCUUCUCGAAAGAAAGAUAAUUCAUUGCAAAUCCAAGAUGAAGAAGCUUAGCCGCAGAUGAUUAUAAAAGUGAAGGAUAUGAAAACAGAAGUUAUAUUAUAUACAUAUAAAUAUAUAUAUAUAUAAAUAUAAACAAAUUUAAUUUUAUUUAAAAUUAAAAGAAAAGUAAAACAAUUGAGAGCUAAAAAUAAAAUACCAGAGCCAAUGAAUACCGAGACUGCGUUUAUUUUCGGGUAUUCAAGGCGCAUGUAAGCAAAAAAAAACUAUCGAGCAAAUUCAAAAUUAUAAAGGGAAAAACAAAUAAUUGAUUUGAGUGAAAAUAAUUUAAAAAUCGAUAAUAAACUAACGAAUACCUUAUGCUUUGAUAUCCUUGGAAUAGACGCGACAAAACACUAUAUAGUUGAGAACGUGUGCUGAUUUCAACCAUUGACGUACACACAUACAUAUUAAGUACACUUCAGCAUUUGUACACAAAUAUUAAUUGAAUACGUAAGAGAAAAAAAAUUGUAUGUAGACGAGUUUGAGAAAAAUAUGACAAUUGGAAAGUGUGUGCUUGCACAGGGUGUUUACAAUGUAGAACAAUCCCAAUCCGAAAGGAAGUAUAAAGCUAAAAUGUUCACAGAAAGAUUAAAUGAGAAAAAAGUACGAGAGGUCAUUGCUUCGCUGUGUAUCGAAGGAUGAAUGAAAAAUCAUUACUCUUCGUGAGCUCGUAAGUUUUUUUAUGAAUAUGUCUUGUAUAUAAUACGAAACUAACUUUGAGUAUCGCGCUGCAUUAAGGCAUGUGUGCACAAAUUGAGAUUUUAUUAUAUGUGGUGGGCUAACGUCGAGUGGAACGUAUGAGAAUGAUGAGAAGAACGAAUAAAUGUGUCAUUCUAAAAUUUAUAUUAGAUAGUGUCAUUUUUUCGUUUUUUUCCAUUUAAUAAAUGAUGUGUAUCCAAACUCAUAAUAAACAUGCUAGUAACUUAAUUGUGUUUUUUCUUAGCGACUGUUUACUUCGGCUACAGUUUAUUUUUUUUCUCAUUUUUUUAAACGUUUUUAAAUAGAAGGUUACGAGAUACUAUUAAUUGAUCGCCGAACGAAGAAUCUUUCCAAAUUCGAAAGUGAAUCAAGAAAAGUUGGCUAAAAGAUUUCUGUCAUUAAAAUAAUACGAGAUGUAGAUGAACUUUUGAAGGGGAGAGUGAGGUCGGAGUACUUGCAUGUAUCGUUUGUAAUAAUGUUUUUAUAAUGUAUUAAGCUUUGUAUGUUGAAAAAUGGCCCUAGUACCGAGCUCGCAGGUUAUGUAGUUUUAUGUAAAAAAUUUAGAUAAAUCGGAAAGCAUGGUAUUUUAUUAGUCUUCGAUAAUAUAUUUUUCAAUGUAAAAUACAAUGGUCAAUAUACUGGUUGUUCAGAAAG